CGGCGGGCGGAAAAAGAGAUCGGCCAGCGGCGCAACGUCAUUCUCAUCUUCGGGCUGUUUUUGUGUUUGUCUUCUGGCUUCUUCUUUCUCCGUCUUCAUCGGGGUUAUCAGUGUUCCGCUUGCCAAUCAAUCCGGCAUUCUUCUUAAACGCUCUUCUCCUAUUCUGGAUCCCUAUCCCCGCGUUCUGCGGUCACUUCCACCGACUCUUCUUAACGGUCAACUCCCUACGUCCACGCCAUGUUAUCACUCAUCUGGACGGUCUUCUUCGUCCAUGUCGCGAUUUUCCUAAUCAACACUAUCGGAGCCGCUACGAUCGACAACCUGCUCUGGCAGCUCUACCUUAAAGUCCCUACGACAACGUCGAAAAAUGCCCGGGAACAAAGCCGGCUCAAGCGCGAGGUGGUGCAGCUGAAGCGCGAGAUGAACAACACAAGCUCGCAGGACGAAUUCGCCAAGUGGGCGAAGAUCCGCCGACGACACGACAAGACGAUGGAGGAAUACGAAGCUCUGAACAAGCAACUCGUCUCGCAAAAGACCUCCUUCGACUGGAGCGUCAAAACUGCCCGCUGGCUCAGCACGAACGGACUCAAGAUCUUCCUCCAAUUCUGGUACUCCAAGACGCCAGUGUUUGCGCUGCCGCAGGCUUGGUUCCCCUACGUUGUGGAGUGGGUUCUGUCGUUCCCGCGGGCGCCGCUCGGGUCGGUCAGUAUCCAGGUUUGGAGCAAUGUGUGCGCGACGGUGAUUUCGGCGGUGGCAGAGGUUGCUACGAGUGUGGUUUUGCAGGGGGGUGGGGUGGCAGGGCCGGCACAGGGUGCGGCUAAGGCGCAGAAAUCGCAAUGAUUAUGCUUGCUUACUAUGUUUUGAUUACAUUUAUACGAGGAUGAUAGCAUGAAGUGAAGCCAUAUGGGAGUCUUGAUUAUUGAAUUGCAUGUUAUGAUUUUCAAUUA